UUCAUUAUUGAUUAUAUUUCAACAAGACCGAUGAUAUGGUUGAAGAUCAGCGUGUCUGUAAUGAAUCAGCAGAGCUGGAUGGACAGACUGUGACCUCUUAUGCUUUAAAUGUUGUUGCCGUUUCUUUGUCAAUUCUGAUAAUAUGUGGAAAUCUUCUUGUGAUCAUCUCUGUCGUUUACUUCAAGCAGCUCCACACUCCAACAAACUACCUCAUCCUCUCUCUGGCUGUGACUGACCUGCUUCUUGGCAGUUUAGUUUUACCUUUCAGCACAAUAUUGUCUCUGAGCUCAUGCUGGAAUUCAAGUUAUUUGCUGUGUAAAAUGAGAGAUAUGUUUGAUAUAUUACUAUGUACAUCAUCCAUUUUAAACUUGUGCUGUAUAUCCAUUGACAGAUAUUAUGCAGUGUGUCAUCCACUAGCAUAUAGAAGUAAAGUGAAUGCUUGUGUUACUGUGACCAUGAUCCUGGUGAGUUGGACUCUAUCAGCUCUACUUGCUAUAAGCAUCACAGUCCGUGGGAUAGGUAAAGUGAAUCCCACCUGGAGGUGCAGGAUAUUUAUAGCUACAAAGGAAUCAAGCCCUGGACCAAUUUUUACAUUUUACAUUCCAACUGUUAUAAUUUUAACUAUCUAUUUUAAGAUUUUGAUGGUGGCGAAGAAGCAGGCGAGACAAAUCCAGAACACGAUGAAGUCUGAAGCAGCUCUCAGUAAGACGGAGAAUAAGGCCAACAUAACUCUGGCUAUAGUGAUGGGAGUCUUCCUCAUGUGUUGGACUCCGUACUUUCUAUCCAUAGGUUUUUACAGUUUGAGAAAAUUCACAAUACCAGUUGCAGCCAUUGAAGGAUUUAAAUGGUUAGGAUGGUCCAAUUCUAUGUUAAAUCCUCUGGUUUAUGCUUUUUUCUACAGGUGGUUCAGACGAGCUUUUACUAUGAUCAUUUCUGGUCAAAUAUUUCAAGGAGAUUUUUCCAAUGCGAAAUUGUUGUGAUAUAAAAAAUAACUAUGUUGAUAUAAUCUGAUGUAUGUCAAUAGAUUGUUUAUCUCUGUCCACAUUUUUUGAACAACAUGCAUAUUGUAGCUAUAGUAAAAAUGACAUUAAACAGAAAUUAUUUAUAUGCAAUAUUUUUAACUUCAGCAUCAAAGUUGUAAAGGUCUAACAAUUUUGUUGUGUAUGUCUUUGUUCUUGUUGUUCCCACUUUCUUAAAAAAAAUAAAUAUAUAUAUAUAUAUAUACUGUAUAUAUAGUAUGUUAGAAUUGUCACCGUUAUGUUGUUCCCUGCAUAAUCCUUUCAGUUGCACACUUGAAAAACUUAGGAAUAUCCACAGUAAAGUUUAUGGUAAUAUUAAAACAUUACACAAAAGUAAAAACAACAAAAGAAAGGUUUGCUUUCGUAACAGAACAAGUAAAUGAAAGUAAAGGGCUUCUCACAAGAUAUUGGCUUUUGGUCCUCACAUCCCGCAACUUUAGUUUUGGUUGUUCUUGUGUGUAAAGGAGAGGAGACGGAGUUCAGUGUUCAAGAGCUAUCAUCCCAGAACUUUUAGAUUGAUCUCUUUUCCAACAAACCCAAGUCAAAUUAAU